AUGUCAUCAUCAAUGAAAGCUCUCGUUCUCCACGGCCCUGGCGAUGUCCGGCUUGACGAAAUUCCCAAGCCGAGAGCCGACCCAGGCUCUGUGGUUGUCCGAGUCCAGUCGGCUCCUUUAUGGGACUAUAUCCCAGAAGCCAUUAACGGAACACGGCAGUAUCCUCUCGCAUUCCCACUAGUCUUCGGAACUUGCUGCGUGGGGCGCAUUGAAGAAGUUGGGCCGGAUGUCACUACCCUCCAGUCUGGGGACCUAGUCUUUUGUGAUUAUAUUGUCCGCCUGAAAGACGCGCCGGAGGAACGGAUUGUCCUUGGUUACCACGGCGGUCAGACACCAAACGAGCUCAAGAUUUCUUCGGGGCACUGGCGAGAUGGAUGCUUCGCCGAAUUUGCCCGUUUCCCCGCUGAGAAUGUUCACGUGCUCGAUGAGGGAGCUCUAGAACGCAACUGCCUUGAGGCUUACCAAAUGUCCGAGAUCGCAAGCAUCAUGCCAGGGAUGGGCGCUGCAAAUUGUAUUAGCAUCACGGCUGGUGAGACAGUUCUGGUGCUACCGGCUACCGGCUUCUUCAGCUCAAGUGCAAUUGCUGUUGCCCUGGGUCUUGGUGCCAAUGUUGUUGCUGGUAGCCGCAGCAAGGAGAAGCUAGAUUCACUCAUCAAGCACUUCGGCGACGAGGGCAAUAGAAUCACGACUGUUGUACUUACAGGUGAGGUGUACAAAGAUGCUGCAGCACUACGUGCCGCCACGCCAGGUGGCAAAGGGGCUGACGCUUAUAUUGACUACUCACCGCCAAGGGCUGCUGGAACCACACAUAUCGAAGCUGGGCUACUGGCGCUGAAAAGAUAUGGCAGUGGCAACGUUCCCGUGCCAUACGCUGUUCUCAUGAAUCACUGCCUGACCAUUAGGGGGCAGUUUGCCCAGAAUAGAGACGAUGUUGUUCGCUCGAUCAGGCUCGUUGAGGCAGGUAACAUGAGAUUGAGGAAAGUGACCACCAGCCAACAUACUCUGGAAGACCACGAAAAGGCGUUCAAGAUAGCGAGCCAGUCAGGGGGGUGGGAGAAGAUGGUGCUGUUUACGCCAUGA